AGGGAGGGGAGACAGAGCAGCGCAGCAGCGGGCGAGCCAGCAGCCCGGUAGCCCAGAAAAAAAAAGAGGCGAACUUCGCUUGAAAAUCUUACUUUAGUUGAAGACAUGGUGGUUCGCACAGAGGAAUAUGCCGCUGCGGGGAUCUAGGCGGUAGGCCGGGUCGUCUGCGGACUCCGCUGCGGAGGACUGGGAACAACAACAACAACAACAACAACAACACUGGGGGAGAGAGAGAAAAGGAGACGGCGAUUACACACAACAGUGACAAUAAAACAACACUCCCCGACAAGUGGUGUGUCUGGUGCGGAGGGGUGACGUCCGGACAGGGAAAACAGGGAACUGCUGGUGAAUUCAUAUUUUUAUUUGAAAAAAACAAAACAAAACCAAAAACAGUUUGAAUGUCAAGUUUUGCAGAUCGCGUUUUUUUCCCGGUGGGAACUUUAAAACUCAGGGAGAAACAAUGAAGACGUAGCGAGCGAGAAGUCAUCAAGUGUCUCGACGCUGCUAGCCGUCCCGCUAGCGUCGUUAGCGCGUCGGCUAUCUAGUCGCAGCGAGAGCGAAUGCGAGGCGAAGCUAACGGCCGCUAGCGCAGCUAAGUGAGCUAAGCUAGCUCAGUCGGCUAACGUUAGCCGACUAGCGAAACGCGUUUUUUUUUGUUUUUUUGGGGGGGGGGAGAAACUUUUUGUUGCCGUUUCCCCCGGAGCCCAAAACACUGACGGACUACUGCGAGAGCAGAGGGGAAGGGGCAGGUUCCCUCCUGGACUGUUUUCCCCCCUCUACGCAUUGUCCCAACAUGAUGGCUGCGGAGGUCAGCAGCGAGGAUGCGGGCUCGGUCACGACGGGGACAGGGGUGGCGGUCGGAGGAGGAGGAGGAGGCCCGGAGACGGCCCCUUUCCCCUUCUACCCCAAGUCGAGCAGUCGAGUGCGAGUCGCCGACCUGGGAGCGGGACCCGCGCCAGCGCUCCGCCAACAUUCAAACGCGUCGCCGGACUCACUUCCGGACAUGAGCGUUAUCUACCCGCUGCCCAGCGGGGACCUGAUCGGACCGGCGCCGGCCGCAGCAGGGAGUGGCGGGGCAGGGGGCGGACAGCCGGUGUUCCAGGGGGCGAGCUCGGGGACCGGGGGCGGCGUGUGCUGCUCCCCCACCUCGGAGGGUCCGGCCAGUCGGAUCUCACCCACGUCGACUGGUCCGGAGGGGCCCACUGGUUUCCCCCCGCUGCCACCGCCUCCUCCCCCGCCUCCGGGCUGCGGGGGGCUCGGCGGCACCCUGGAUGAGAGCGACAUGCAGGAUGGACCGGAGUACGAGGAGGAGGAGGUGGUGUUCCCCCUCUCUGCACCUCCCACGAACCAGUGGUACCAUGGCAAGCUAGACCGAACCAUUGCUGAGGAGCGGCUGCGCCAGGCCCGGAACCCCGGCAGCUACCUCAUCAGGGAGAGUGACCGCCGGCCCGGUUCCUUUGUCCUGUCUUUCCUCAGCAUGACCAAUGUGGUCAACCACUUCAGGAUAAUCGCCAUGUGUGGGGACUAUUACAUUGGUGGGCGGCGGUUCUCUUCUCUAUCAGACCUGAUUGGUUACUACAGCUACGUGUCUUGCCUUCUAAAAGGAGAGAAAUUGCUUUCUCCAGUGGCGCCCCCAGAGCCUGUAGAGGACAGGAGGAGAGUCAGGGCCAUACUUCCAUACACCAAAGUGCCAGAUACUGAUGAGAUCAGCUUCUUAAAAGGGGACAUGUUCAUCGUUCACAAUGAACUGGACGACGGCUGGAUGUGGGUGACCAACGUUCGCACAGAGGAGCAGGGCCUCAUUGUGGAGGAUCUGGUGGAAGAGGUGGGGCGGGAGGAGGAUCCACACGAGGGAAAAGUCUGGUAUCACGGAAAGAUCACCAAACAAGAGGCCUACAACCUGCUCAUGACAGUCGGCCAGGUGUGCAGUUUUCUUGUGCGGCCGUCGGACAACACACCCGGGGACUACUCUCUCUUUUUUCGCACCAAUGAAAACAUCCAAAGGUUUAAGAUCUCCCCCACGCCCAACAAUCAGUACAUGAUGGGGGGGAGGUACUACAACAGUGUUGAUGACAUCAUCGAGCAUUACAAGAAGGAACAGAUUGUUGAGGGCUACAACUUGAAAGAACCCGUUUCAGUGCAGCACCAGGAACAAGUUCUUACUGACACUGUGGACGGGAGAGAAAUUUAUAACACUAUCAGACGGAAAACAAAAGACGCUUUCUACAAAAACAUUGUCAAGAAAGGCUACCUCCUGUUCAACAAAGGUAAAGGUAAACGGUGGAAGAAUCUUUACUUCAUCCUGGAAGGUAACGACGCCCAGCUCAUCUACUUUGAGAGCGAGAAGAGAGCCACCAAACCAAAAGGACUGAUCGACCUAAGUGUGUGCUCAGUAUAUGGUGUGCAUGACAGUCUGUUUGGCAGGCCAAACUGUUUCCAGAUUGUCGUCCAGCAUUUCAGUGAGGAACAGUACAUAUUCUACUUUGCUGGAGAGGUUCCAGAGCAGGCACAGGAUUGGAUGAAAUGCCUUCAAACUUUCUGCAGUAACCUAAGGAAAACCACUCAGCCCACCUCCAACAAGAGGCUCCGACAGGUGAGCAGCCUAGUGCUGUACGUGGAGGAGGCCCACAAGCUGCCGGUGAAGUAUUUCACCAACCCUUACUGUAACAUCUACCUGAACAGCGUCCAGGUGGCCAAGACGCAUCCCAGGGAGGGGCAGAACCCCGUCUUCACGGAGGAGUUCAUCUUCGAUGACCUAUCGAGUGAAAUCAACAGAUUUGAAAUCAGCCUGAGCAACAAAACAAAAAAAAGCAAAGAAAGUGACAUCUUGUUCAUGCGUUGCCAGUUGAACCGCCUGCAAAAGGGCCAGAUGAUUGACGAGUGGUUCCCUCUCAGCUCCCAUGUGCCUCUGAAGGGCAUCGAGCCGGGCUCGUUGCGCGUCCGUGCCCGCUACUCCAUGGAGAAGAUCAUGCCCGAAGAGGAGUACAGCGAAUUCAAAGAGAUGAUCUUGCAGAAAGAGUUUCAUGUCAUCUACGCUCUGGCCCAUGUGUGUGGUCAGGACCGCACCUUACUGGCAAGCCUCCUCCUGCGGAUCUUCAGACAUGAGAAGGCUGAAGCCCCCCUACUCAGGACACUCAAUGACAGAGAGAUUAAUGUGGAAGAUGAGGCCACGACCUUGUUCAGAGCGACCACACUGGCCAGCACUCUGAUGGAGCAAUACAUGAAGGCCACAGCCACACCCUUCGUCCACCACGCUCUCAAAGACACCAUCCUCAAGAUCAUGGAGAGCAAACAGUCCUGUGAGUUGAACCCUUCCAAACUGGAAAAGAAUGAGGACGUGAACCUGAACCUGGCUCAUCUCCUCAACAUCCUGUCUGAGCUGGUGGAGAAGAUCUUCAUGGCUGCUGAGAUCCUACCACCGACACUGAGGUUCAUCUACGGCUGUCUGCAGAAGUCUGUGCAGCAGAAAUGGCCGACCAACACCACGAUGCGAACGAGAGUUGUAAGUGGCUUUGUCUUUCUAAGACUGAUCUGUCCGGCCAUCCUCAACCCCAGAAUGUUCAACAUCAUUGCUGACCCUCCAUCUUCAACAGCAGGCAGGACCCUCACGUUGGUGGCCAAGUCUGUCCAAAACCUCGCCAACCUGGUUGAAUUUGGUGCUAAGGAACCCUACAUGGAGGGCGUGAACCCUUUCAUCAAAAACAACAAACAUAGAAUGAUAAUGUUUCUGGAUGAGUUAGGGAAUGUCCCUGACCUCCCUGAAGCCACAGAGCACUUUAGGACAGACCUGUCCCGGGACCUGGCAGCGCUGCAUGAGGUCUGUGCCACACACUCAGAUGAGCUUCGGACGCUGAGCAACGAGAGGGGAGCACAGCAGCACGUGUUGAAAAAGCUGCUGGCCAUCACCGAGCUCCUCCAGCAGAAGCAGGCUCAGUAUGCCAACAGCAACAGGUAGUACUGCGAUCCCCCUCCUCUCAUCCUCCCAUCCUUCCGUCAAGUCUCCUCCACCGGAGUGCAGCACAGAGGAGACCGAGCAUGCUCUACCCUCAUCACCAUGGCAACCCUUCCACCACCCUCCAUCAUGUCCUCCUCCGAUAGUCCCGCCCAUCCCCACCACCACCACCUUGUCCCCUUCACCACAAGAGAGCUAUGCAACAACAGCGGCUGAGUACAACAACUGAUGCAGUAGUUAAAACAAACAAACAAAAACAAACCUGCGCCAGUGACUGACGGCUAUAUGCACAGAAAAAAAAUACAUUUCCUUCCUAAAACUGUUCAUGAUUCUGACUUGGGUACAUUUCAUUCCCUUCGUGAGGUUUCUUCGUACCCUCUAUGUUUUGAUAGCACAGGUUGCCAAAGUGUACCCCCCUCUCGCUAGUUGUUUCGCCCCCACCCUCCUUUUUAUACUGUAAUUAGUGACUGAUUUAUUUUAAGGUUGUGACAAUAUGCGCUAAGUGCUGAAACUAGCAUUUCUGUCUGUUUUGUUUUUUUCUUUGUUUUCUUUCUUUGGUUUCUAGAUUGGAACAAAGUCUUUCAGAAAAGUAUGGUUAUUUUAUAUUAAGAAUAAAUUCUCUUGCUGGAAUCAUGAGUAUAUAAGAGAGAUAAACAGAUUCUUUUUUUUCCCCUUCCGAUUGUGUCAGCUUUUUUUUUGUUUUGAUUAUUUGGUUAAGUCUUCUUUUGAAACUUCUGAAUGCCAGACGAGACACAUAAUCAGAGAAACCAAGUAAAAUGAAAGUGUUUACAGCAGUAAUUUUUUUUGGAAUAGUACAGACUGUAUCAGACAUGCAUGCACUUAUUAAACAGUUUUUGUAAAGUA